UGCAAUCCACGCGCCACUUAGCUCACAGUUUUUCAGAUUCUUACACACUCUUCCGGUCUUCCUUGCGAUCUGAGCUAACAUUUCUUUUCUUUUCUCUCUCUCUCGUUUCUCCGAUUCGAAACAUCUGAAUUCUCCGGGAAAAUUUCACUUUCCAAGAAAAAAAAAAAAUACAAAAUGCACGAUUUCUGCUUCACGAUUCCGUACGGUUUGAUUCUGGUAGGCGGUGGACUCUUCGCUUUCAUCAGGAGAGGAAGCCUGGCUUCUCUCGGCGGAGGCGUUGGCUCCGGCUUGGUUCUCAUCUUCGCCGGUUAUCUCAGUCUCAAUGCCUUCAACAAGCGCAAGAACUCUUACCUCGCUUUGUUUAUCGAAACAAUUACCGCAGUCGCACUAACAUGGGUCAUGGGACAGCGAUACAUGGAAACAUCCAAGAUUAUGCCUGCUGGUCUUGUAGCAGGACUUAGUGCUCUUAUGACCCUCUUUUAUUUCUUCAAACUAGCAACUGGUGGCAACCAUCUCUCUGCCAAGGCAGAGUGAACAAUAAAAUGAUAUAUCCAAAUGUUUUCUUCCUAGAAUCAAGAUAUGUUUGGACGACCUGCAUACAUUCUCAGAUGACUGAACUAUAUCAUUGUACUUGUAUACUUGGUGAUUUCAUUGUAUGGAACUGAAAGUAGUUGUUUCCGUUGUCUAAAUAUACAUGAGAGUAUGAGACCAUAUCACCAUACCACACUUGGCAAGCACCUUGUUUAUUGCAUGAUUGACUAAAUUGAUGAAAUUGCAAAUGAAAUGUAUUAACAUUUGUUAUUUGGCUACUGUCUAAAUAUUCAUUUGUCCAUACUCUGGGAAUAAAAUUCUUCCUGGUUUGGCUUGAAU